AUGUCGUCGGCCACAUCCGGCGAGUAUUGGCUGAUUUCGGUGCCUGGUGAGAAGGGAGCAAACGACGCCUGGGACAAGUUAAACCGAGCAACCGGAAAUGUGUCCACCAACUCGAAGUAUCUUAUCCCUGACCUGAAAGUGAGCCAUUUCUUAAUCAUCUGCCUCAAUUUCAAAUUUUUCCAGGUUGGAACUCUUGACCAACUUGUCGGGUUGUCAGACGAUUUGAGUAAGUUGGAUACUUCAGCGGAAGCGUGAGUUUUUUGCUUUAUUUAAAUUUCAUCUCAAUAAUAAUGCGUUCAGUGUUAUCCGAAAGCUUGUGCAGUACUUCACAGAAGUUCUCGAAGAGGAUAAAAGUAAGAUUGCUGAGAACCUUAUAAUUGGAAACAGUGAGUUGCCGGAAAUGUUUCGAAUUUCAAAAUGGUGAAUAUAGUAUUUAGAGGACAUGAAGACGUACGUUACCAAGUUCCAAUGGGAAGGAGCUAAGUAUCCGCUGAAGCAAUCUCUGAAAGUGUUGAGUGAAAUCAUUGGAAAACAGAUCACUCAAAUCGACAACGAUCUUAAAAUGAAGUCAUUGGCCUACAACAAUCUCAAGAAUGCUCUUGCUUCGAUGGAUCGUAAAACAACUGGAUCUCUUCUGACUAAAGAUCUGGCUGAUCUCGUCAAGGCUGAUGAUUUCGUUCUUAAUUCGGAGUACCUUCAAACAGUUAUUGUUGUGGUGCCGAAGUGAGUUAUUCGCCAAGCUGAAGGUUAACGACUUAAUAUUUUCUUUUAUUAGAAUUCUCAUAAAAGAAUGGGAAGGAAAGUACGCAACUCUCUCUUCGAUGGUGGUUCCGGGUUCUUCCAAAUUAUUGACAGAGGAAGGCGAGCAUGCGCUGUACACAGUCACUCUUUUCAAGAAAGUAGUUGACGAGUUCAAGAAUACGGCCAGAGAAAACAAAUUCAUCGUCCGUGACUUUGUUUAUGACGAGGAGACUCUGAAAGCAGGAAGAACAGAGAGAGAUAAGCUGUUGGCGGAAAAGCAGAGACAAUACGCUCCGCUCAUCAGAUGGCUCAAGAUUAAUUUUGGAGAAAUCUUCUCUGCUUACAUUCACAUCAAAGCCCUUCGUGUGUUUGUCGAAUCUGUAUUGCGGUUUGUUACCAAUUUUAACGAUAUUGCUUCAAAAAGGUAGUUUGCAGAUAUGGCCUGCCUGUCAAUUUCCAGGCUGCGGUUGUCGAACCAGCUAAGGGAGCGCAAAAAAAAUUGAGGCAAGAGCUGCACAAGUUGUACAUACAUUUAGAUGGAUCUGCUGCCGGACCAAUUGAUGUAAUUUUUUUCGUCCCGUUAAGAUUCGAAUAUCUUUUUUAUUCAGACCCUUGAAGACUCACCAGCUCUUCUGUCUCUUGGUGUCAACGAAUAUUACCCGUACGUCUUCUUCAAACUCAACCUCGACUUCACCAACAAGUAA